AAUCAAGCCACACCCCCUUCUUUGAACGCGUUUAUGUGUAAUUGAUAUCGUCCCCGAAGAGAAAACGGGAGGAAUUUCAGUAUUUUGGGGGCAGAGAAAUGAAAGAUACGCAGGACUCAAGCCGUUAAGGAUGGACUCUGAAACGCCCCCUGACAUCCGAUAAACCUCAUAGUACAGAAACAGCUCAACCAAGAGGAUGCUGUCUUGUCGAAAACAAAUGGAACAUUAAGCUGUGGAGGCUGGGUGGCGCUGGUGUUAGCAGAAAUGUCUGAAAGCUAGAUAAACUAGUUGGUGAGGAAGUAUAAGCAUAAUUGGUUUGCACACUAUUAUCUUUGGGUUGAGUUGGGGAAACCCCUUUGACAGUUAAUAUAGCAGAUAAAAAAAAUAAUUGUCUGAUGGAGUGCAGUGAGAGAGUGCUGUGUGGGAUGGGGGAGGUGGAGCUGGACCCCAACAUUGUGAGCGAAGAGGCAGGAAAACUGUAUUCAGAACUGCAGACAGUUAUUGAGACCCAUGGUGAAGGUGUGGUGGAGUCGCUGGUGCCCAUAUUUGUGUGGGUCCUGGAGGGGUUGGCCAGCUGCAAAGCCCAGCUGAGAGACAGGGAGGAGGAGGCGGAGAGGGAGAAAGCUGAGCUGGAAGAGCUGCUGGAGAAAUACCAAGCAGAGAGAGCUCUCAGGAAAGAAAGUCAAGAGAGGUAUCUGGAGCUGGAUGACCAAAUUGAACAGGAGAGGAGAGCCAUGAGGGGGAGGGAAAAAGAGAAAGAGCGGCGAGAGAGAGAGCUAGAGAAGAAAGCAAGACAGCAAGCCGACCAGUUGGUGGCCUUGGAGGAGCAAAAGGCAAAUCUGAAUAGAGAACUGAGCACACUGAGGCAUACUCACAACAAGUUGACUCACACAUAUCGGGAACUUUUGGAAAGGAGAAAGGAUUCUGAAAGAGAUUCUCCUCUAAGGAAUCACCUGCGUCCCAGUAAUGCUGACUUCCCAUCCGUCUUGUCAGAAUCCAGUGUUAAUGAAAAGAUGAUUCAAAGACCACAUUCAAAAUCUGGUCCCCCCUGUUUGGAAGAGCUAGUAUCCAAGGAAGAAAAGGCGAUUGACAUUGCAGUAAAGCCCACCACAGAUCAGUUUAUCAACGACAUCAUAAGCUCUACUCCUGAACUGAGGCAAAUUCAUGGCUGUGUGGAUGCAAGCACUCCAGUUGCCAGACCUAACACCAAAGAGCCAUCGAGAGAUGAGUUGGAGACCAGCUUGGAAGAUGAGAUUGGGGAGGUGGAGGAGGAGAAGGAGGGAGAGAAGGAGCGCAGAGUAAAAGAGGAGCAGGGAGGAGUGAGGCAGGAGAAAGUCGAGGAGGAGGAGGUUGAGGAAGAUGAUAGUAUGGAGUGGGAGCUCCGCAACACUGAUUCUGUAUUCUCUGAACUGUCAGAGCUGAGUCGGGACUAUGUGGAGAGUGUAGACCGAGGGGCAAGUGUCAGAGGUAGUACAGACCAGUUUGAGGAGAUUCUGUCUCAGUAUGAGGAACUGAAAGUCACCCAUGAGUUAGUAGAAGCUGCUCGUAAGGCUGUGAUAUCUCGGGUGGUAGAGCUGACUGAUGACCGUUCAGCUCUUACAAUGGAAGUGGCCUCCCUCCAGGAGACAGUCUCACGAUUAGAGGGCCGGAUGAAGGAGAAGGAGGAGGAAACUAAGAGACUUCGGAAAGAACUGGAAGCAUUCCAAUCUGAGGAUCCUGAUGCCUCUCUACCCACAUCCAUGCGCAACUUCUCUCGUUCUGAAAUGGCUCGUGUGGUCAUGGAGAAGAACCAAUAUAAGCAGCGUCUGUUCGAGCUGCAGGAGGCAGUAAGACGGAGUCAGACACUCAGAGCAACAAAGGAGGAAAAGUUAACAGAGGAGAAAAGGUCAAGUGUUUGGAGAAAGUUCAAUCGCAUUUUUGGCCUGUCCAAGGAACCCUUAAUCCCGCCUCCUACUUCUGCAUUUGCCCUGCCAACUUCUCCAUCACUCACUCGCUCCCCUCUGGGGUCUCCACAAAUACCGGCUGUCCAUCAAACUCAUGCUGAAUCUGCUUCUCCUGCUGCUCUCUCCCCUCGUGUCAGGAGGAGAGAACUCUACAGAGACAUUCGCUCCCACAUUUGGGGAUCACUUGGAAAACGGCAGAUACAUGGCUGGAGCACACCACUGGCAAACACACAGGACUCAAAUGAACCUGUACCAGAGCCUAGAGAUGUGCCUGUCCUAAUGCAGCUCAGACUGUUGGAUCAAAGAGAUUCCACAGCUAAGCUAAACUGUGCAGUUGCUGUCACACCUGAGGUCUCUGGAGAGGCCACAUGUUCUGUGUGGGUAGUUUCUGGACCUGCCUUCAGCAGCGAUAUUACAGUGAUUGAUCCAGCACGGUCCAACACUGUACUGGAUAACUUCAGCCUCCCUCCUACAGCUCCUGCCCUCUGCAUCUGUGCUGUGCCUCCCAUAGGUGACACUGCAGGAACUGUGUGGAUUGGAACUCAGGAAGGAAGUGUACUGGUACACUCAGCCUCUGCUGGCAGGAGGCGCUGUCUGCAGUCAGUUUCCCUCUCAGAGGGAGUUCAUUCGCUCACGUAUUCCCAGGGUCAAGUUAUAGCUGGUUUAGCUGAUGGGACUCUAGCAUUUUUCUCACACAGUUCAGAUGGCUGGAAUCUACAGUCACACCAUGUGAUGCCUCUUGGAUCAAACCCUUUGCAGCCAAUUCGCUGCUGCCUUGCAAAAGGUAGCCGCCUGUGGGUGGGAUAUUGGAACAGAGUCCAUGUGGUUGACAUCGACAGCAAGAAGGUUGAGCAAACAUUUGCAGUCUCUGAACGCAGCGAACAACAGGUUCGUUUCCUGUGUGCUGGUGGAAGCGGUGUUUGGACAUCUUGCCGACUUGACCCAAUCCUCCGGCUGUUUGACUGGUCCACAGGACGGCCGCUGCAGCAAGUUGAUUUUACUGCUUUGGUCACUAAAACAUUAGGCCAAGCCUUCCUGACACUCUCGCCUCUCCAGAUCUCGUCUCUCACAGUCAUCUCUGCCCGUCUGUGGGUUGGCACAGGAGGUGGUGCCCUUUUCUCCAUCCCGUUAUCCAUAACAUCAGAAGCCGUUUCCAUACCAUACUGCUCCACUGCAUCAGCUCAGCUGUGUUACCAUGGACAUAGACAAGCUGUCCGGUUCAUCAUUGCUGCACCUGGUUGUUUGAUCACCUCUCCUGGCAGCAGCACCGUCACUACCUCUCAGCUCAUCCUCAGUGGAGGGGAGGGCUACAUCAACUUCCGAAUUGGUGAUGACGAAAGUGAGGGGUCGGUUGAGUCCUCACAAGCUACACCUCGGCGGUCUGAACGCAGUCACAUGAUCAUCUGGCAGAAUCCCACCUUCUCUGUGCCCAGCCCUGCCCUCUGACAUUGUUCAUCUCCUAGUUCUGCCAUUUUGAAAUGAGAUAAAGAUGGAGCAGACAUGUACUGUACACCAGCACAACUUGAGACAAUAUUGAAAACGGUGCAUUCGUGGAACUGGAUGAACCAACGUCUCAAUGUGGCAGCAAUAAAAGUAUCCUCUUAAAAAAAUAUAUGAUACAUACUGCUCAAUCCUUAUUUACCUCAUUCAUUUUGUACAUCUAUCUUUUGACUGGAUUAUCCUAAUGGAGGAUGAUGCUUUACUGUGUGCCUUCAUCUGAUUUUAUAUAAUUUCUGUAGAACUGGUCAGUAAUUCAGCUGCCUGAUGGCUCAUUUUACCUUUGCACUAACAAUGCAUUCAGUUUCCCUGACAUACAGCGGCUCUCUGAUAUACUUUUCUACCAGACAUUUUUUGUUGAUGUUCAUUCUAUCAAGGAGACACCGGGUCUCUCCAUCUAUGAUAAAGUUUAACUUAAUAAUGUGGCUGUUCUUGAAGCUGCUGUGUACAUACUUUGUUGUUAACUGUGAACUGGAAACAUGUAUUGGUCUUCUCUCUGCGUAAAGACAAUCAGACACUUCCUAUCUCCUGAUGCUGCCUUGAGAUUGGGGAUAACUUCUUUUGAUUGUGAUGUUCACUGCAAUUUAUUUUCAAUUCUACCCCUCCACAUCACAUGUGGAACGAUUACUAAGACAACCAUUUGAAAUGGGUGUCUUUUAAAACAGUUUCAGUGCUUAUCCUUAGAAAUUAUUUAUUUUCUUAAUCGGUUCAUUGUUAUUUGUCCUUGGGUGUAUUUGUUUUAUGUUUUAAUUUGAUUUCAGUAUCUUUUGUAAAAUAAGGGAGAGAAAUUCUUUCAAGUAUCCUAUGCAGUAUUUAUGUGAAAUUACAGGUUUGUGCACACAUGUUGAUGUCAUAGUAGCUCCUUAUCCAUCCUGGAAAGACAAUUAAGACUUGAGUAUUCUGUUUGACUCGACUUUGUGCAAACAUGAUUAUUGUCAAUAAAAAUGUCUUCAAUGAUUAA